AUGAAUCUUACACACCUCAAUGCUUGUAAAACCCCCCAGGAAGAGUCUUACAUCAAGAACCCUGAUCCUAGAGGAAUCAUGAUACUCCGCAAGGCUUCUUGCCGUUUUCCAAUGGAAAGAUUUCAGGAGCUCUUCUUCAGCCACAUCAGCAAGCAGCCAGACCCUAGGAUAAACCUUACCCAGGACGUAAGUGGCUAUGGGUCGUCUCUCAAGCACAAGUACAAGGUCUAA